CUUAUCAGAACUAACCUCUCCCUCUCUUUCCUUUUCCUCCUUCCACGCCGACUUUCCUCGCUGAAGAAAUGCCCCACUGACGCCGUUAACCUCUCACGCCGUCAGUCAUACGGGGGCCCACUCUCCAGUUUCCAAUUUCCUCUCUCUCUCUCACACCUAUAAAUACGAAACCCACUCAGACUGUUACAUGUCACGCGUCGUAGCUGACUAUCCCUCUCCCAGUCACGAUACGGUGCCGUUUCGCUCUCCCACUGGACUCGGCGACAUGGAACUCACCACCGAUCACGACGAUCCACCGCCGCCGUCGCGCCGCCGCUUCGGCCUCUCCCCCACACUCGGCCAGCUCCUCAAGCAAGUCGGCGACGUCCGGAAGGAAUCCACCGGCGACGGCGGCGACACUCCCGACCACCAGGUCCUCGACCUCGGCGGCGAUUCCGUCCCCCGCUCCAUCCCCUUCGUCCUCUCCUUCUCCAGCCUCACCUACAGCGUCCGCACCCGCCGCCGCAACCGCAUCGCCGCCGGAGACAGCUCGAGUGUGUUCACCAGGACGAAGACGCUCCUCGACGACAUCUCCGGCGAGACACGCGACGGCGAGAUCAUGGCGGUGCUCGGCGCCAGCGGCUCCGGCAAAUCGACCCUAAUCGACGCUCUGGCGAAUCGAAUCGCGAAGGAAUCGCUCAAGGGGGCGGUGAAUUUGAACGGCGAGGCGCUCGAUUCUCGAUUGCUGAAGGUGAUCUCCGCCUACGUCCAGCAGGACGAUCUACUCUACCCGAUGCUCACCGUCGAGGAGACGCUGAUGUUCGCGGCGGAAUUCCGCCUCCCGCGGACUUUGUCGAAUUCCAAGAAGAAAGCCAGAGUCCAGGCCCUAAUCGACCAGCUCGGCCUCCGCAACGCGGCGAAGACAGUAAUCGGAGACGAAGGCCACCGCGGCGUCUCCGGCGGCGAGCGCCGCCGCGUCUCCAUCGGAAUCGACAUAAUCCACGACCCGAUCAUCCUCUUCCUCGACGAGCCGACCUCCGGUCUCGACUCCACCAGCGCGUUCAUGGUCGUCAAAGUCCUCCAGCGAAUCGCCCAAUCCGGCAGCAUCGUCGUGAUGUCGGUUCACCAACCGAGUUACCGGAUCCUCGGGUUGCUCGACCGCCUGCUCUUCCUCUCCCGCGGCCAAACCGUCUACAGCGGGUCACCCGCCCAACUACCCGGUUUCUUCUCGGAAUUCGGCCGCCCGAUACCCGAAAACGAGAACCGGACCGAAUUCGCUCUGGAUCUUAUCCGCGAGCUCGAAGGCUCCCCUGGCGGCGGCGGCACCAAAUCCCUAGUCGAAUUCAACAAACACUGGCAAAUGCAAACCACAAGAAACGACGGCUGCUUGAUUAACCCGCAGAUCUCGCUCAAGGAGGCCAUCUCAGCGAGCAUCUCGAGGGGAAAGCUCGCGACCAGCGAUGCAGCCGGCUCGACAUCACUGGUCCCGACCUUCGCGAACCCGAUCUGGAAGGAGAUGGCGGUCCUCUCCGCCAGAUCGGUGACGAACUCCCGCCGGAUGCCGGAACUCUUCGGCAUCCGGCUGGGAGCCGUGGUGGUGACGGGAUUCAUCCUCGCCACCAUGUUCUGGCACCUCGACAAUUCCCCGAAAGGAGUGCAGGAGCGGCUGGGCUUCUUCGCCUUCGCGAUGUCGACGACGUUCUACACCUGCGCCGACGCGCUCCCCGUGUUCCUCCAGGAGCGUUACAUCUACCUCCGGGAGACCGCGCACAACGCGUACCGAAGAUCCUCCUACGUCCUCUCCCACGCGCUGGUUUCGUUCCCGGCUAUUGCGUUUCUAUCGAUCACCUUCGCAGCCACGACGUUUUGGGCCGUGGGCCUGGACGGCGGGUUCUCGGGCUUUUUGUUCUACUUCUUCGUGAUCCUCGCGUCGUUUUGGGCCGGGAACUCGUUUGUGACUUUCCUAUCCGGCGUCGUUCCGCAUGUGAUGCUGGGUUACACGAUCGUGGUGGCGAUUCUGGCCUACUUUUUGUUGUUUAGCGGGUUUUUCAUAACCCGGGACCGCAUACCCGAUUACUGGAUCUGGUUUCAUUAUAUGUCGCUGGUGAAGUACCCGUACGAGGCCGUUUUGCAGAAUGAGUUUCAGGAUCCGAACAAGUGCUUUGUGAGAGGGGUGCAGAUUUUCGACAACUCGCCGUUGGCGGCGCUGCCGGCGGCGAUGAAGCUCCGGUUGUUGAGGAAUAUAAGCGGGUCGAUGGGGGUGAAUAUAACGGCGACGACGUGUUUGACGACGGGGAGGGAUAUAUUGGUGCAGCAAGGGGUGACGGAUCUGGGGAAGUGGGAGUGCUUGGUGGUGACGGUGGCGUGGGGUUUUUUUUUCAGGGUUUUGUUUUACUUUGCUUUGUUACUGGGGAGUAAGAACAAGAGGAGGUAAAAAAUAAUUUGAACGAACGUGGAGAUGUGAAAAAAAAACUGGAAGUGGUACGUUUGUAUGGGGGAGUAUGGUGUUUUUUUUUUUUUAAUUUGGUUUACUUCUGGGGUUGGAGGAUUUUUUUUUAAGGAAUUUAACAGUUUGGGGUAAAUUAUUUGGAGGAAUACCUUGAUGACGGAUGUAAAAACUGUUAAGCAUAUAAAUGAUGAAUUAUAUAACAUCGAAUUACUUGUUGCGAGAUGAAAACAAUUUUUGUGAUCCCAGGAAUUUAUUUUGUGUAUAUAUGCAAACGAUAAGAUUUAUAUAUCGAUCAUCACAACAUCUAUCAACGGCGAUUGAGCUUAUUUGUUAUGAUUUACAACUCGGGAUUCGUAUUCUAACAUCUAAUCGUGAGAUUGGUGGAAUACUGAAUACUCAUAUAUAUCCCGAAUGUAUAUCGACCAUCGGAUAGGUACGAAAUAUGGAAGUUUUUGUAGUAAAUUUUAAAAUCCUAUAUAUGAAAUCAAUAGUAGUGAAAUAUCAUUUUUCCAGUUGAUGCCAAUUCACAUCGAUAUAUAGAAAAUGGGGAAAAUGAAACGGAACCAAACCUAACUUGGUUUAUGGGUGAAACGCAACUCGAUCGUGUGCCUAAAACCGUAAUUGUUUGGCAUUAACUUAACAAUAAUGUAAUCGUACUCAGUUAAGAGUUAGGUUGAGUUAGGGUUUGUUUGUUGCAUCCAUAUAUUUAUUUAUUUAUUUAUUUAUAUCAACAAAUAUCUAGUAGCUAGGAAUAUAAUGUGGGGUUCUCUUGAAUGGCCUUUGUCAGAGUAGAGUACUGUGUUAGAUUAGAUCAUCCUGCAGCCAAUUAAGAUGCUAACUUAUCUAGAUAAUUCAUAUUUCAAUUCUUCUCACCUAAUUUCUCUUGCAUAUAUAUUAUUAAUUCCUUGCUAGCAUUAGCAAGUAAGCCAACCGCUGAAGUAGUGAUGACAAUUGGGUGAGGCGAUUAUCUUAAUACACAUAUCCGCUUCGUAAAAAGUGCGGGAGAUAUAGGAUAAUAUUCGUGCAGAUAUAGGUCAGAGCAGGUUAAUUCAUUUUUAUAUAUUUCUUUAAAGAAAAUGUUAAAUUUUUUGUUGUUGUGAUAAGACGAAGAGAAAAUAGUUCAUAAAUGAAUAAACAAAAGAUGAUAAGUUGAUUUAGUACUGAUUCCAAUUAGUUGAAAGAUGGAGUCCUACAUUUAUCUUAAUUAUCCUUGGGUGAACAUCUGAGUUGAAACAAGCCAAAAAUAAAAAGAAUGAAACUAGAUAUUAAGACAAAUUGAAGUAGAACGAGUCGCACGACGAAAUUAUUACCGAUAUUCUCCCCCCCCCCCCCCCCCCUACCCCCACACGUUACUUUGGAUCGGAUAUUACCUUCUCCAAUAUAAAUCUGGUCAGCUAAUUAUACUCGACACAGGACGAGUUCAAAUUACCAUCAUCACGCGCGAGACUGAAGUAGUGCAGAUUGAUUUGUGGUCAAGACUCAAGAGAUUGCCAAGAAACUAUAGCUAUAACAAGAAAGUAGUAGUAUUAUUGCAAUCUCAAUAAUUAAGCUACUUAAUUAUAUAUAAGUGGGCAGCCCCACCAAAGACUUUUAACAGCAUAUGAUACGAAUUAGUCAACGUCAAGAAAUGGGGAAAAUAUUAUUAAUAUAUAUAUUGUCAUGCGUUCAUGAUCUGGAGUACACUUAAACGCUCACAUGCAUGCAGAAAGUUGAGAAAUAGGUUACCUAAAAGGCCAAAAGACACCAGGUAAUCGAGUUUGAGUACUGUACAGCAGAUGAACAACGAAAGAAUUUGACCAUUCCUGUGAAUUGACCCUUAAUUAAUAAUUAAUUGCUAGGCUAAUAGAUAUUUUUUUUCGUUUAUUUAUUAGUUUAUUGUUUUGCAGCAAAAGGCAGAUCGAGAUUAAUUAAUGUAAUUAUUUAAAAUAAAUAUGGUUUAUAUAAGUAGAUGAUGAUCAGCUGCAGCUGGAAGGAAUAAUUAAGUAUCCUUGUGUUUCAGGUUGGUGACCUAACUCAUACUCUCUACACGCCAUUAACACAUAAUACUGGACUCUCUAACUAGGGCUUUUAAUCGAGUUCCAAUCUGCAAAAUUCCACGAGGAUUUAAUAAGUGAAUCUAACAAGUUAUUUUGACAGGAAGAAUUUCUUUCUCAAGCAAUAAUAAUUCUUAUUCUCUCUCUUUCAGCCAAUUUAAAGGAGAUAUUAUCGUAAAUUCUUCUUCUUCGUAAUCGGACCCCUAAUAUACGUUUCAAGUCAAGUCAGCCAGCAUAAUUGGGUUAUCAUUAUACUGUGUAAUUAGUCUGUGUAACUGUUCGUCCGUUUCCCUUUGAUGGCUUUUUUCCCCCUCCGGUCAAUGUGGAAUUGAUGAGAUAGCCGGUAACCUAUAUUCCAGUCUUUAUGAAGAAUUUGAGGUCGAUCAUAGUUUGCCGAGUGAUUAAGUUCAUAUACGGGCUUGUAUAAGAUUCAGCAUAAUCUUCUCCCAACAAGACAACUCGAGUUAUUGAGAUCAACUGGUUUAUGACUUGGUAUCAGAGCCUUAUAUGACCGAAAGGUCUUGUGUUCGAAUCCUGGUGACCCCCGUUUGUUAAGCACAUGGUAUCGUGUAUUAAGACCUGUGGAAACGAAAGCCCUUAUGAAGUGACUGGCUUUUCGUUUGAGGGGGUGUGUUAGUGCAUAGUAUAUAAUCCACGAUUGAACAUCUCCCAACAACUCGAGUUAUUGGGACCAACUGGUUUAUGACACGUCGGCACAGUAAAUAAAGAGAUGGAGGAACGUCGCAAUAACUAGCUGGUAAGAGUACCCCAAUUUUGGGUGCAUUUGAUAUCAUCGGUCCGCUUAAGAAAUCGUCUUUCUGAGCUGACGAUUCAUAUCAAAAUAAUAUCAAUCGUCAUGACAGGAAAAUGCAUGAAUUUUCGCAAAAUUAUUGCAGAAUAACUUUGAUUCAAAAGGUUUAUAAAUUUGGGAUUAGGGUUUAAGCUAAUGCAUAGAUAGGUUGUGGAUCACUUUGCUUCAGAAAUAAUCAUCGUUCUGAACAGGCAAUCCAUGUCAAAAUAAUAUCAAUCGUCACGACAAGAAAAUGCAUGAAUUUUUGCAGAAUCAUUUUGAUUCAAAAGGUUUAUAAAUUUGGGAUCAAGGUUUAAGGUAUGCAUAGAUUAAUUGUGAUCUUAUAUUAUAUCAUCAUAGCAAACUAAUACUACCAGUUAGAAAUAUAUUUUAAGAUUGGUUUUACAAUUAUACGUGUAUCUUGUAUGCAUUGUUUUAUUUUAUUUUGUGAGUACACCGCGUAGAUAGGAUGACAAUUUGGACCUGCAGCCUCGAGUAUUAUCCAAUCUGACCCGUGAGCGUGAAGGUAUAGGCGGAGGCAGAGGCAAGAGGAUGUGUCCCGAGACACAGGUAAUUUUUGGAUAAAAUAAAAUACCCCAUAUAUAUGUGUUAAUAAAGGAUUGUAGGCAUCACAUUUAGAUAAUAUAAAAGUGUUUUAUUA